AUGAUUCACACCUCAAAACGACCAACGCCUCGUUGCUUUUAUAUAAUAACCCUUUCACUUUUUAUGUCUUCGUUGUACAUAACACUUUCGUUUGGUGGGUUAUUACCCUCAAUUUUUGUAACUACUUCAAAAGUCUAUGAAGAAAUAUAUGAUGCAGAUACUUUAGAUUUCUUGAUCAUUGGUGAUUGGGGAAAUGCUGGUGUAGGCAAAGAUUUAAAGCACGGACCUCAAGCUAAUGUUUCUAAAGCGAUGGAAUACGUUGCGAAUAAGCAUGAUAGUAAAUUUAUCGUGAACGUCGGUGAUAAUUUUUAUAAAAGGUCUGCAAAAGAUUACCAAGGAAUACUUAGCGUCAAUGAUUCAAAAUGGGAAGAGAUCUGGUUAAAAGUGUAUAAUAGUACAAAUUUAAGAAGGCUUACGUGGUAUUCGAUAGCUGGUAAUCAUGAUUGGUAUACAAACGUCACAGCUCAAAUUGAUUAUAGUCUGACCGUAAAUUCUCGAUUUUUCUUUCCUUCAUUAUUUUAUGUUCGUUCAACUUUAUUUGGAAAGGAUUUGAAGCUAAAAGCGAUUUGGAUUCAUAUUGAUACAAAUAUCUUUUAUUAUGAUGUUGAUUCAAUCGUUGAGAUCAAAAUGGAAGGAUUAAAAUCCAACCUUUUAAAUUUUGGAAUGCAUACCCAACAAGCGGUAGAAGAAAAAUUCAAGUGGAUAGAGCAAAGCUUAAUAGAUAAUCAGGAUGCAGAUUAUAUUUUUGUUAUAGGGCAUCAUCCGUUGAUUGGAAUAUGUUCACAAGUGAAUCAUAUGCCGCGACUUCUUGAAUUAUUGAAGGUGUAUUAUGUGAGCGCGUAUUUUUCUGGACAUAACCAUGUAUUAGAAUACAAAGCACCGACUAAAGCUUCACCCGUAGCCUUCUUUAUUUCUGGGGCUGGAUGUAAAACUGGUUUUGGAUGUGACGGAAAAGAUUGGGGAAUGCCAAGAGGAGCAUAUGGUUUAUAA